AUGAUGGCUGGUCCAUCUGAUGCAAAAGGAACUACUUUCAUUCAAGUAGAUGUUCAUUACGAUGGAAUAUUUUCCCCCAAUCCUCUUAUCUACUACAUGAAUCUAAAUACUUCAAUUACAAAUGUCGAUUUUGGUGGAUUAAAUAUCAAGGAGUUCAUUUAUGUUCUUGAAGAUGUCACAAAGGGGAAGUGUCCUGAUGUCUACUACUGUCUUGGGCAUAAGUCGAUCCGUGAUGGGUUGAGACUACUGAAAAAUGAUGAUGACUACACGAGAUUUCUUGAUGCUGCAAAUGGUAACGAGGGAAAGAUCAAUGUAUAUGUUGAUCACUACAAUGAACCGGUAUUUGAAUGGAUAGAGGAAAAAAAGGAAGAAGAAGGUGUUGAUAGUGAAAGCUCUGAUGAAGAUAAGGACUCGGUCACGUCUGAUGCUCUAUCUGUUGAUCAUGAACCCGAUGAAGAGGUAAUACCAUUGACUAAUUUUGAUGAUCCCUUAUUUAACCAUAUUAGUGUUGUCCUAAGAGAUGAUUUUGUUGAUGAGGAUGAUGAUUCAGAUAAUGGAACCAAACAAGACCUAAUUUAUCCUUUUCAUGACACAACUCAGAAAUGGGAUACAAUGCAACCCAUCCUUGGUAAGAGGUUUUGUAACCAUCAAGAACUUAAACAACUUGUAUCACACUAUGCUGUAGCAAACGGUUAUAACCUUUGGUACGAAAAAAAUGAUAAAACUAGGUUGCUAGUCAGGUGUUGUAAAACUAGUGAAGGAAAGGCGACAUAUCCUUUUAGACUAUGGGCUACUUGGAUGAGCAGUGUAAAAUCAUUCCAAAUCAAGUCCUUAAUUAAUGAGCAUAACUAUGCUAGAACCUUCAACUUUGGGUUAGUUGUUACUUACCCAUGGAUAGGGAAACAUUUUGUUAAUGAUAUUUUAGAAAAUCCCAAAAUGAGUUGUAGGGAAGUGAGGGAUAAAGUUGGGGAAAAUUUCAAUGUGAAGGUUAGUGUUGGACAAUGCAGGAAUGCAAAGAAGUCUGCACUUAAUGAGAUUGAAGGCAGUUUGAAUACACAUUAUGAAAAAUUAUGGAGUUAUGGAGCUGAGAUAUUGAGAUUAAAUCCAGGGUCAACAGUGAAAAUUGGGACGGAUACAAUUCCUGAUUCCACAGUUUAUUUUUCUAGGAUGUAUGUUUGUAUCAAAUGUGUAAAGGAUGGUUGGAUUGAAGAAUGCAUGAGGGUUAUAAGUGUAGAUGGUUGCUUUUUAAAAGUAGUUGCAAUUGAGAAUAAAGAAACUUGGAAGUGGUUUCUAGACUUACUGCUUAAUGACAUUGACAUGGGAAAUGGAGCAGGAUUAACCUUACUUUCUGACCAACACAAGGGUCUUAUUGAGGCUGUUAAAGAAAGAGUACCAGAUGCUGAGCAUAGGCAAUGUGCUAGGCACAUAUAUGCUAAUUUCAAGAAAAAAUUUAUAGGUGCUGAAUAUAAGAAGCUUCUUUGGAGGGCUACAAAGGCCACAACUAUCCAUAGGUUUGAAGGUAUAAUGAAAGAGAUUAGUUUGAUUGAUAUACAAGCAUAUGAUCACUUGAUGGAAAGAGAUCCAAAAUCCUAG